CUGAGACUCUGGAGGUGGUAUGUGAACACCAUCAGCUCACCAUGCUUCACCCACUGUCCUGUCUGCUCCUAGCCUCUGCUGUGCUGCUCUGCUACACCGCCCCCACGGAGAAACAUGGGGGCUCAGACACUAAGUGUCCUCUGAUGGUGAAGAUCCUGGAUGCAGUAAAAGGGACUCCAGCUGGAUCAGUGCCUCUCAAGGUGUCUCAGAGGGAAGCUGAUGGGGGAUGGACGCAGAUUGCUAAUGGAGUGACGGACGCCGCUGGAGAGAUCCAUAAUCUGAUCACAGAGGAGCAGUUUCCAGCAGGGGUGUAUCGUGUUGAGUUUGAUACCAAAGCUUACUGGAAGAGCGAGGGGAGCACACCGUUCCAUGAAGUAGCUGAUGUGGUAUUUGAGGCCCAUGCUGAAGGACAUCGUCACUAUACCUUGGCCUUGCUCCUCAGCCCAUACUCCUACACCACAACAGCCGUGGUCACCGAUGCACACCAGUGACACACAGCACACCGCAGAUGUUUAUUGUCUGGUUGAGGGAUCGGGACAGUGAGCUGCAUAAGGCAUGACAUCUUUUGUUUGUUUCUUCUUGUCUUCUGUGCUCCACUGUUUCCAAAAAACAUUAAAAGCACAUCACUGAGUCUCA